AUGAUCCCGUCCCGGGCGCGCGCCAAGGCCGCGGCCGAGCAGAAGCGCGCCGUGGAGAAGAGCAAGGAGAAGGAGGUGCCCACGCUGGACGAGUUCCUGGCCAAGCGUGACUACGCCGGCGCCGCGACGCUGCUGGAGUUCGAGCGGCUCGGCCAGGCGCGGUCGGAGGAAGAGACCUUGGAGUGGCUUGCAUACUGCCACUUCCACAAUGGGGAGCACGACAAGGCCCUCAAGUGCUACGAGAGGCUGCUCCAGAUGCCGAGCGUGGACACCAAGCAGCAGGAGAUGCUCCAGAUCUACAUCGGGUGCUGCCUGUACUACCUCGGGCGGUACCGCGAGGCCGAGGAGACGGCCAUGCGCGGCCUCAAGUGCCCCCUGCGCACCAGGCUGCUCAUGCACUGCGCGAACAAGGCGGGCGAGGAGGCGACGGUGAUGAAGUACCACAAGGAGCUGACGGAGGCGACGGAGGACAACCUGUCGCUCGCGGCGGUGCACUUCAUGCGCGGGCACUACCAGCAGGCGGUCGACCUGUACAAGAACCUGUUAUUGGAGCGCAAGGAGUACGUGGCGGUGAACGUGUACGUCGCGAUGUGCUACAGCAAGCUCGACUACUUCGACGUCUCGCAGGACAUCCUCGGGGUGUAUUUGUCGAGCAACCCGGACAGCGUCGCGGCGGUGAACCUGCGCGCGUGCAACCAGCUGAAGCUCUACGACGGACCGCGCGCCGAGGCGGAGUACGACGUGCUGCGGAAGCGCGGCGCGAAGCUCGAGGACAACCCGCUCACGCGGCACAACGUCGUCGUCUUCCGCGGCGGCGAGAACGGCCUCAAGGUCCUGAGUCAGCUCGGGGACGUCCCCCCGGAGGCCCCCCUGAACCUGUGCAUCUACCACCUGCGCAACGGCGACGUGGACGAGGCCGCGAAGAUCGUCAAGGACAUCGAGCCGACGCAGCCGACGGAGUACAUCCUCAAGGCCGUCACGCACGCGCUGCUGGCGCAGGCGCACAACGGCGCCGUCGAGCACCUCCGCAUCGCGCAGCAGUGCUUCCAGCUCGUCGGCCAGAGCCCCUCGGAGUGCGACACCAUCCCGGGCCGCCAGUGCAUGGCCUCCACCUUCUUCCUCCUGCAGCAGUUCGAGGACGUGCUAGUCUACCUCAACAGCAUCCAGCCCUACAGCGACCGCGACGACGCGUUCAACUGGAACUACGGCCUCGCGAAGGCCGCGGUCGGGGAGUACGGCGAGGCCUCGGAGCUGCUGCAGAAGGUCAAGGACGAGGGCAUGCGGCGCGAGUACUGCCACCGCGCGUGGCUCGCGCGCUGCCACAUCAUGAAGGGCCGCCCGCACCUGGCCUGGGACCUGUACCAGCGGAUCGACACCCCCGACGACGCGUACAACCUCCUGCAGCUCAUCGCCAACGACUGCUACCGCAUGGGACACUUCCUCUUCGCAGCCAAGGCGUUCGACGUCCUCGAGCGGCUGGACCCGAACCCGGAGUACUGGGAGGGCAAGCGCGGGGCUGUCGCGGGGGUGUGCCAGAUGGUGGCGGCGGGCAAGGAGCGCAACGAGGCGCUGCGCGAGGUGGUCGGGCUGCUGCAGGACCCGCAGCGGCAGGAGGUCGAGGAGAUGCUCGACGCCAUCGUGCCGUGGGCCACCAGCCUGGGUGUUGACGUGACCGCGUGA